CAUUGGGGUUCAACAAAAUCCUGAACUGGGCAAUCUAGUAUAUGUUAUGCCCGGUUUUUUAUCUGUUGUUGGUUGCAGGAUAAUUCCCCAAAAGGUAGGUCCUUUAGGCCUUCAAGAUGGUCGUAUUUUAUGGGCACCUGUAUUUGAAAUUCUCUGCAAAUACAACGGCUCCACAGCAUUCUUUUUACACGGGAGGGAGGAAGGAGCAGAUUAUGUUUAUCCGGGAUUGCUAAAAUCAGUUGAUACGGAUUGUAAUGUGCUUUUUCUCCAGGUGGAGCCUAGGCAUCAACCAGAUGAAAUAGAUAAGGAUGUAUCACAGAUAUGGACUGAAAUGCCCUUUAUCCGUUUGGAAUCUGAUGAUAGAGAGAAGCUCCUCGAUUUUGUUAGUAGCCAAGUCCGAGAUAUUGUUCCACAAGCAGCAAAUGCGUUGUUGUUUCCUCUCUCGAGAAAUGGUGAGGUUGAUUCAGAACAAGAUUUUGCAGUCUUACAUGAAAGGAGGUUGUUGCUCUUACUAAUGUAUAAUCGUGUUGAUACGGAUCUUGAUUUAAGGUCAAGUGCGGUCUGCAGAAGUCUGGAUGGGGAUCACCCUAACCGCAGUAAGGGUAAGACUCUGUUUCGAUUUCUGAAGACUGGUCUCAAACAGUUACUAAGGAAAUCGAGAUCAACAACCGGUGAUCAAGAACAUCUUAAACUUAACGAAUUUCUUCGACCAGGCGAUAUAGUGGGAUUGAGUUUACGAGCCAAAACUGUGGACGUACAUUGUUAUAAAGUGUGGCCUUGUAUGCACGAAAGUCUAUCCUCUCUCUAUAAAUUCCCUAUUCAGGCUCCCAAGGCAAGUCACGAGUAUGCUGGUUUAUGGGGAGGGACUUUUGGUUGGCCACCGUCUUCAGACAAGCCCGGAAAGGCCCUUUUCUUGAUUUUCAUCUCUUAUGAAAAUCAAGAAAUGAUUGCCACCAAGAUAUUAGAAGGUACAUCCUAUGUUGCGCAUCCUAAUGGAUCGGCUAUGUUUAUUGUGAAUAUAGAUAAACCAUCGGUGGGAAUAUUCCCAUGGGAUACUGAAGAAGAAUCCAAUACUACUAUUGAUGUUAAGGAGUCGUUUAAAGGAGAAGGUAUUUCAGAUGGUUAUGGUUUCAGAUACCCUGGUUCUAAACCCGGUUCGCUUUUUGUUCUUGAAAAUGGAUUGCUCGUUUUCUUGUGGGAGGAGUCAAGGGAAGUGUUGACUUUGCAGAGGCUCGAUUUGGGGGAGCUUUUGAGGAGAGGUGAAAGAGUGAAUCCUUUAUCGCCAGUUUCGAAUUUUGUGUAUCUAACGAAGAAGUACACAAAUGUUUACUCUGGAAAUCCAGAUUCAAGAAACCCUCUAUUUUUUCCAAGGGAUGACGUUUAGAGAAAAAUCAAAAUAAGACUGCGUAUGCUGGCGUUGUUCCCCUCUGGUGUUUGUUUGGUUAAUCUUGGGGUGGUUUGAUUCCGUUUUUUAUGCUGCUGCCAAACGAAGAAUUGUGCCGUAGAUGAAAGAGGUUCGAUAUAUUCUUUCGACUGUACUGAUUAUGAUAUUCUGACGAGUUUUUGAUAAAUGCAUUAGAAAAAGAAACAUUUGUAUAAUCGUUGUGUUUGGACUUGUUAAAGUCUGAUUGAUUUAUUUGAGGAAUGAUGAGUUUGGUGAGUUGUAUA